GCUGCCACUCCCUUCUCUUGACCGCGAACCAAGCUUUUUCGUUUCAGUUGUUGCCGCUCCGCGCGUUCCCUCCCUUCUUGCACCAAAAAGGAAAAAGAAAAAAAAUGGAAACAAACAAAAAGAAGCCCUAUUUCUGGCCCCGGGCCUAACCCUAACUCUCCAACUUUCGCAUCUCUCGUUUCCAAUCUCGAAUGAUGGAAAUCAAUGGUUUCUUUCUCUGCAAAUUUCAGAUCCAUAGAACCUCAAUUUCGAUUUGAAGGCGGUUUCUGUGGAUGUUUCGAUAUCCAAGGACAGUUGAUUUGUUUCGAUUUGGUUUUUGAUGUUUGAAUCGAUAGUUUUUGAAGUUUCAAAAUUUCGGUGUUUAUCGAUUUGCAGUUCGGAAAGGAGUUGUUUGGAUGGGAGAAGGGGAAGGUUGUUUGCCAGUGGUUAAGGAUAUCAAAGUGUUAAAGGAUGGAAAAACGGAAAGUGAAAAUUCUUCUAGAAUGGAAUUGAAGCGGGACCAUGAAUGUAUUGCUGGCAAUAUCGAAACGGAGGCUUCUCCUAGGAAGAAGCCAGUGAAAGAAGCUUUGAACGAGGAAGGAUGCUCAGAAGUUUCAAAUCCGAUUCUUUCUCCAAAAUAUAAUGCUUCUAGCGUUCAAACUAUUACGAGUCAGGUGGCUGAGUUAGCAAGCACUAACCAAGCGGUGUUAGGUGAAAUCACGUCUACAAGUUCAGGAAAUUCAGUUCCAGAGAGUUUGAGUGAUGAAGAGCAUAGCAGAAAUGGUUCAUCUGAUGGAGUCUCAACAACUCAGGUUGUGCUGGAAAUUCCGAAGCAUGUCAGCUCUACUGGAAUCAGGAAAAUUACAUUCAAGUUUAGCAAGAGCAAGGAGGCUUAUAAUAGUAAGCUAUCUUCAGAACCUCUGCAUGUGCUUGGUAGGGUUGGUAAUUCCCAUUCAUAUAUAGGCUACCCCGGUGAUCCUGGACGAAACAUUGCAUCACCUGAUACAGGAACAAAUAUGCGUGUAAAUACAUGUUGGAAUCUGGAAACCAGAAAUCUUCAUUUUCGUGCUCCUAAUAUGGAAUUGAAAAUGUCGAAGAAGGUUGUUCCAAAGAGCUACCCUACAAAUGUUAAAAAGUUAUUAUCAACUGGUAUUCUUGAUGGGGCUCUGGUAAAAUAUAUUUCUACUUCACGGGAGAAAGAGCUGCAUGGAGUUAUAAGAGAAAGUGGAUAUUUGUGUGGCUGUUCAGCAUGCAAUUUCACCAAAGUUCUUACUGCCUAUGAGUUUGAGCAGCAUGCUGGUGGUAGAACUAGACACCCAAAUAAUCACAUAUACCUGGAGAAUGGCAAGCCAAUUUAUAGUAUCAUUCAACAGCUUAAGACCGCCCCACUCAGUGAUCUGGAUGAAGUGAUAAAAAAUAUUGCAGGUUCAUCCGUCAAUAUAGAAUGCUUCAAGGCUUGGAAAGCAAGUUUUCAUCAAAACAAUGGAGUGACCGAAGCAGAUGAAAAUUAUCAUGCCCAGCUCCUUAACCAUCCCCAAUCAAUUGUAAGCUUUCCUGUUCAAGCUGUUGAAGACAGCUUUACUGGUUCGAGGUUACCUUUGAAACAAAAAAAACUUAUGAAGGAGAUGACACAAGAGCGGAAACAUGCAGCAAAGAAGCCAAGCUCCUAUAUUUAUGGCUCAGGUCUUCAACACAAGAAAUCAAGUGAAGGAGCCAUUAAGAAAAGGGAUAAUGAUCUACAUCGGUUACUUUUCAUGCCAAAUGGACUCCCUGAUGGGGCUGAAUUAGCAUACUAUGUCAAAGGCCAGAGAAUACUUGGGGGUUACAAGCAGGGCAAUGGUAUAGUCUGCAGUCACUGUGACAGUGAGGUCAGCCCUUCUCAGUUUGAAGCUCAUGCUGGAUGGGCUGCUAGGCGUCAACCCUAUCGCCAUAUCUAUACUUCUAAUGGAUUGACGCUUCAUGAUAUAGCUAUAUCAUUGGCAAAUGGUCAAAACUGUACCACUGGCGACAGUGAUGAUAUGUGUACCUUAUGUGGAGAUGGAGGGGACCUGAUUCUUUGUGAUGGUUGUCCUCGGGCUUUUCAUCCAGCUUGUUUAGAAUUGCAGUGUCUCCCUGAAGGGGAUUGGCGGUGUCCAUGUUGUGUUGAAAAUUUUUGUCCUGAUAGAAAAGUUGCAAGACCAAUUAGAAUACAGUUGACCAGGGCUGUUAAAGCACCAGAAUCUGAAAUUGGUGGUUGUGUUGUUUGCAGGGCCCAUGACUUCAGUGUCUCUAAAUUUGAUGAUCGAACGGUUAUGCUUUGUGACCAAUGUGAAAAGGAAUUCCAUGUUGGUUGCUUGCGAGAUAGUGGGUUGUGUGAUUUAAAAGAACUCCCCAAGGAUAAAUGGUUCUGCUGUGAUGACUGCAGUAGGGUCCAUGUGGCUCUACAAAACUUGGCUUCCAGGGGACCAGAGAUGAUUCCAGCUUCAGUAUCAAGCAUGAUAAACAGGAAGCAUCUGGAAAAAGGCUUAAUUGAUGGAGCUGCUGAUGAUCUUCAGUGGUGCAUUUUAAGUGGAAAAAGUCGCUACAAAGAACAUUUGCCGUUGCUUUCCAGGACUACUGCAAUUUUUAGAGAAUGUUUUGAUCCCAUAGUUGCAAGCUCUGGUCGGGAUCUAAUUCCUGUUAUGGUGUACGGGAGAAACAUAUCUGGACAAGAGUUCGGUGGAAUGUAUUGUGUCGUUUUACUUGCAAAGUCCACUGUUGUAUCUGCUGGACUUAUCAGGGUUUUUGGUCAGGAGGUAGCCGAGCUACCUAUAGUGGCCACAAGUAAAGAACAUCAAGGAAAAGGUUAUUUCCGAGCACUAUUCUCAUGCAUUGAGGAAUUGCUGAGUUCCUUGGGUGUGAAAACCCUGGUGCUUCCUGCAGCUGAGGAAGCUGAAGCAAUCUGGACGAAUAAAUUAGGCUUCCAAAAGAUGUCUGAGGAGCGGAUGUUAAAGUAUACAAGGGAAUUUCAGCUGACAAUUUUCAAGGGAACAUCAAUGCUAGAGAAGGAAGUGCCAUGUAUUGUGGAAUAAUGUCGUACUCCAUCUCUAUUUUUCAGAUAUCGUAGAAUUAGAUUUUUCCUUUUGGUUUUGAUUUUUAGUCUAUAUUUUUUCUUGUAAUAUUGCGGCUGUUCUGUUUGGUGACCAGCAAUCAGCAAUCUGAUAAAAGAUAGUUUUUGUUCUUACACUAAGAGCAGAAAAAGGGAAAGAGGGAGGGGUGGGAUCUGUGGAAAGAAUCAGUGCAUGCUGACCUUUUAUCAUGCAUGCAUGAUACUAGAAAUUCUUUCUCCUACAGUUUUUCCCUGUGCUUCCAUUUUUUGAUAGGACCUUGUAGUUCUGUUUUUGUACAUGAAAGGCCUUUUUUUUAGUUGAAAAUUCAAUGUCUUGAGCCAUCCCACAACAGAGUUUUAACACAGGCUCACCAUUUAUCUUAUCUUGUGCUUGUUCAGAACUACAGAAGAUAAAAGGCUGGAACCCGGAUUUAGGUGUCCUACGUUCUUGAACUAUUUUGUACCUUUAUGUACUAUUUAAAAAACUUCCUAUAGUUUUCAUUUCUCA